AUGGCAGAAGCCUCUGUGUCUCCGCUGAAGCACUUCGUGCUGGCCAAGAAGACCAUCACUGCCAUCUUCGACCAGCUGCUGGACUAUGUCACCGAGGGGGCAGCGUUUGUGGAAGCCACAUACAGGAACCCAGAGCUUGAGCAUGUGGCAACAGAAGAUGAACUAGCCCAAAUACAAGCAUAUAAAAGCAAGUUGGCAGUCAUUGGGGAGGUGCUUUCACGGAGACACAUGAAAGUGGCAUUUUUUGGCAGAACAAGCAGUGGGAAAAGUUCAGUCAUUAAUGCAAUGCUGUGGGAUAAGGUACUUCCUAGUGGGAUUGGCCAUACAACAAACUGCUUCCUCAGUGUGGAAGGGACUGAUGGAGAUAAGGCUUAUCUUAUGACAGAAGGAUCAGAUGAAAAGAAGAGUGUCAAGACAGUCAAUCAGCUUGCUCAUGCACUUCACAUGGAUAAGGAUUUGAAAGCUGGCUGCCUUGUCCAUGUCUUUUGGCCCAAGUCAAAGUGUGCCCUGCUGAGAGAUGAUUUGGUUUUAGUUGACAG